CUGUUUUCCAUAAAUCUUUAAUAUCGAGAGUUAGGGGUCAGGCUAGCAAUGCAGUCCUUGCAGGACUCAUCAUUUCCGUUGUGUUCUUAAAAUAAGGGUUGACAUACCGGUAUCCCAAACGGUGCUUAAACUUAAGGGCUUUCAAGUCAAAACGCAAAACGUACAGGCUGGUUUUGGUGGGUUUGAGAAGUCAAAGCCAGCCUGUAUAAAACUUGAGAAUUCUCAACUUAAUCGCCGGAGUAGCAAACGAAGCAUAUUAUUUCGUCGUUGCUGUUGUUGUUGUUGUUGUUGUAACUUUGUUAAAGAGCGCAUUAUCCUCAUCAUCAUGUUAGCAGAUGGUGAAGCACCUACGUUGGAUGAAACAGCAGCAAGAGCUGCAAAAAGACACAAAACAAGAGUCGCAGCGGAAGUCGGGCGUGCCACGAUAACAAAAUGUGAUUUCGAUGUCCUGCUGUUGGUGGAAAAAAGUUGCUAUGAAAAUGAUGAUGGGACACGCAAGGAGCUGCGAGGUCAAUAUGUGCCGGGCAAGGCGGAUUCUAGGCAGCUUAAAAAGGCCUCGAAAGAAUUUUGUCGCCGAGCGCUAGAAGGACUCGGCUCAAUCCCUCCUUUCGUUCUAGUAGCAAGGAACAUACCGGAAGCUAGCAUCCCUUCCCCGUACGAGAUACCUUCUGACUUUGAAGUGAGCGUUAGUGGGACAAAAAUAUCUGUGCACAAGAUCGUAUUGGUCCACUACGGUGGAGACUUGUACAUUGUCAAGAUCGCAUCCGGUCCCACCCAUGCCCAAGCCGUUACUGAGAUCAUUGGUCAAAUUCAUCCUUAUAAAGCUGCUCGCCGAGAUAUUUUUGACUUUGCUAGCGAUGGAAUCUACGAAAUGCCGGGCACGGGGGGUCACCAAGCCACAUUUGGAGGAAACAGAAAGAAUUUUGGUUAUGCCCCUGACUAUGGUAUCCUAUCAACUUAUCCAUUUCAGCAAGGAAUUGCACUGCUUCGGGGAGUUUUCAUUGCUGAGGCGGAAGUUUUUAAUCGGGAUGCAGCUGCUUUGGUCUCGCGGAUGUCUGAAUAUGCCAAGAUUCCGCAAAACAAGUAUCUGUUGGCUAUGAAGAUAUACAAGGAUCGGGUCCAACACGUCCAUCAUUCAGCAAUCGCAGUGCUGUGGAAGAGGAACAGAAAUUCUGCAGCAUACGAUGUACAAGAAAUCAUGAACUUCGGGCUUUUAAAACACAGCCAAGCCAGAGGAGAUUGAUAAAUGGAUCGAAAUCGAGACCGGCACUUUGAAGAAGCUUCCCCCCCGCCAGGUCAGCAGAAGACAUCAAAGCCGCUGGCAACACGCACCUGGAGUAACACAUGCGGUAGGUGCUGUUAAGUCACAAUCGAACGGGAAUGUCACAUUGCAAAUUUUGGAUCAAGAUCUGGUUGACGGGGUGGUAGAUGCGGAAAACAAUCCUGUUGUUGUUGACAACGCCCACCACAUUGACAUCGAUUUCGGAAAUAUUUUGAAUGCAUGCGAUGGUUUUGAAGGCUAGACUUUUGGAGGGUAGGUUAUAUACAUGCCCAUACACAACAAGGAUGCUGGCUUGUGCAGCAUGUUCUACUGGCUCUAAGUAGCCAGAUCUACAUAUUGUUCCAGUCCAGUCAGGGACUGAUGAAGUAAGCAUCAAUCCAGUUAGGGAUUGGAUGCAUAUGCAUGCUUGUUGGAUCCAUGUCAUGAGUGAAGGGAUGUGGUGAUGUUGAUGAAGUUUUUUAUGAUAAGCAAGCUUUGGAUGUGACGCUGAGUGGAACUUCCUUCAUUCUUCUUACACGUUAGACGAUUUGCUUAAACUAGAUUGCAGUUAGCCAUU